AUGUUAGCUUUGUUCGCUAUUUUUGAACAUCUAUCAAAUGUUCGCCGUGUUCUCAAUCGCUAUAACUUUUUGUAUACAUCAUCCACUACAACUCCAGAUGAAGGAUACGAGCUAAAACCAAUUGUUUCUGGUCAAUCAGUACCUAUCGAUAGAAGAAAAAGUAGUAUUAUAUACCGAAAUAGUCUAGCAAAUAUAUUACCGUCCUAUCAAGUAUAUGAACAUAAUAUACUGCUAACUCCAAUCGUUCAUCACAUUAUAAUUCAAUUAAAUCCUGAUAUUAUUCCAUUGUUUGAUUCUGAUUUUUUGGAUGAUCUUCAUGAACAACAUGAAUUAGCUCGUGAACUUGACGCAUGUUUAUUGGAAAUAAAAACAAUUGAAAAAGAUUUAUACAAUGUUAAACAACGUCAAUGUGAUUUAUACGAAUCGUUUCUUGAAUUUGUUGAUAAAAAAGAUGAAUUAAUCCAAUUAUUUGUUGAUUAUUACUCAGAAUACUAUGAAGAUGGGUGUCAUGAAGAUGAACAAGAUGAAUUCCGUGAACAAACACAAAAAACAAACAAAAAUCGUAAAACUCUCCGACGACAAUCCACUAUUUAUGAAUAUACAAUACCGGUAUCAAAUAGAUAUGAGAUGUUAAGGAGAGAAAGUUUAUUACAUAUACUUGCGGGAGAUCUAGUGGAGGAACAACAAUAA